AUGGAUAAGUCCAUCUUGUUGAAAGCAACUCGCGCCGAUGAAGAGCCAACACCUGGGUAUCUUCUCAACAGCAUUGUGGAACUGUCUAAUACUGAGGCAUGCUAUGAAGUCGAAGAAUUUCUUCUUAAAGCCUUGGGACAGCACCACAAGCAUCAUGAUCCAUACGUCAAGUGUAAGAUUCUCAAAAUUAUACGGUUUAUUUGCGAAUCCGACAACCGAGCAUUUCGGGUUUCCAUGCAACGGAAAUCCAAUGUGUUGAAAUCGUUUCUGUCUUAUCGAGCUCCGUUGGACCCUCUGCGAGGUGAUUCCCUGAACCGCGAGGUCAGAGAAGAAGCGGAUCGUUGUAUCAAAGCUCUCUUCGGAAGUGAAGAAACUGGGGGAAUGACGUCCAAUCCCAAUUCUAUCGCUAUCAAGAGCCUCCAGAAGGGGGACCCAUCGAUGCUCCCCCAAGUCGCAUUGAAGGGGUUUGGAUCUGGGUCGAGUUCUCACCCCGCGUUUCCAUCAACGCGUCGGUUGGGGAAGAUGGAAGGUUUUGGAAAUCCUCACUUCGCUUAUCAAAAUGAUGGGGAAAUACCGGCAAGCCGUUCAAACGUGGUCGAUUCAGUAACGGAAGUUGUUUCAGUCCAAGCAGAGAAUUUUGUCAAUGGAUUAUCUCAAGCUGCUUUUAGCUUUCCGGGAAACGAUACACCUGUUCCAAGUUAUCCAUGCGCCUCCUCAACCCCAUCUUUUGUUGAUCGGGAAUACACCCUUCCCCCAUUUCAUCAGCCAUCUGCGUUAUCAACCACAGUCAUGAGAACACCACUUCCCGUCACCCCCUCAAAAGAUCAGCCAACGACAAGUGCAGCUUAUGCAGAUGUGGAACUCUAUCCUCUUAUUUCGCUAGUUGAUUCGAUGUGUUCGUCUACUAUUUCUUCUAAGCCUGGCCCAACUCGUUCUUCUUUGGCUGAGUUUAUACGAAAAGUGAACUCGGACCGGAGUGGUGACAGAGUAGCUGCCAUUCUUCUAGACAAACUUUCUUCCUCUGGAUCUGCGGGUGUGCGUGCAGCAACAACGUGGCAGUCAAAGUAUCGGGCGAUCGCUUGUUUAGCAGCACUUAUUGACCCUACACUCAAUUCAAACGCAUCUAAAAGGGAGUGUUUUGCGAAGACCAUUGAGUCAGGCAUCGAUUCGACUCUGAUGCAGAUUCGGUCGUCGACACCCAAAUGCCGUCAGAUCAUCGAUGAGUUGAUAGAAAACAUUCGAGCGUCGGGACAACACAAGGAUCUUAGCAGCUCAGCGGAUUAUUUGGUCGACAGUGAAGAUGGUUCUUCCACAUCAGCACCUGACUUUGUUCAUGAAGUCCAUGAAGAGAAAGACAGCCUUUUGGGUGAUUUACUUGACUUGACAACGACGGGUGGUCCUCGUAGUGACCCGCCAACUAAGGCCGUUUCUGCCAACAAUCAAACCCUCAAUCUUUUAGAUGAAAUGGUAGAAGCAGAAGUGAUUGGGCCAGCAGCGAUGGGGGGCUGUUCUCUG